AUGACCGAUCCCCUAUUCAAAGUUCCCCCUACCAAGCGGGCAGGGCCCGUUCUUGCUCCGCUCUCCACGCGCACAAACAAUGCUCCUCGUCGAAAACCGCCUCCAAUUGAUUUUCUGCUUGUUAAUGGCCUGCACUCAUUUGACACCGACGGAGAAAGCGGCCAAAAAAAGGAGACGACGCCCCAAAUGGCUCAGAUUCACAACGAGACGUAUGCAGGGGACUCCACUCCAGCGUCUUCGAAAGCGGAAACCAAUCAAAGUCCGCUUUUAACUGGAGAAUGCUCACAUCUCGAUGACAUUACACCGGAACAAUGGAACCAACUUGCCAAUAACAACCGCAUAGUAGAGCUCACGUGUUUGGGAGAGGGCAACGGUGGGUCUGUCUCCAAGUGUAGGCUUGCACAAGGGUCGCCUGUGUUUGCUUUGAAACUCAUCAAGGUGGAUACCAAUCCGUUGAUUCAGAAACAAAUUCUUCGUGAAUUGCAGUACAAUCGGUUGUGUAAGUCGCGCAAUAUUGUUCGCUAUUACGGAACAUUCUUGAUCGAAAGCCAGCAGAUGAUCGGUAUAGCCAUGGAGUAUAUGGGAGGCCGAUCCUUAGAUGCCAUUUAUAAGCGAGUAAUAGAACUCGACCCAUCAAACCGAAUCAACGAAAAAGUGUUAGGGAAAAUUGGCGAAAGCGUUCUCAAUGGCCUCAACUACCUCCACCAACAAAAGAUUAUCCAUCGAGAUAUUAAACCUCUGAAUAUUUUGCUCGAUAGCCAGGGCAAUGUCAAGUUAUGCGACUUUGGCGUUUCCGGAGAAGUUGUGGACUCGCUAGCAACAACCUUCGUGGGGACCCAGUACUAUAUGGCUCCGGAAAGAAUUCAGGGAAAGCCUUACACCGUCACUUGCGACGUAUGGUCGUUAGGGUUGACUAUGCUUGAAGUGGCUAGCUGCAAAUUUCCCUUCACCGUUGAUAAUCCGCAAUUGGGCCCAAUUGAGCUCCUCCAGCUCAUUCUAGAGUACGAGCCAAAACUUAAGGAUGUGCCUGAAGAUGGAAUUUAUUGGUCUGAAGCGUUCAAAAGCUUUAUAAGUUACUGUCUCAAAAAAGAACCUACAGAACGACCUAGUCCGCGGCAAAUGUUGAACCACCCGUGGUGUGUGGGUCAGAGCAACAUCUCUGUACGCAUGGAUGGCUUCAUACGCCGUCUAUGGGAUAUAAUUGAUUAA